AUGCUAUUGCCGCAAUUUGUCUGCCCGAUCUUGCUAGCCGUGAGCUUUCUCGCCAAUACAGCCUACGGAAGCAGAGAAGUUAUCGGUUAUCGAACUGUUUCCCAAGAUGAAGCCAGAUAUAUAAGGAUAUACAAAAGGCCUUUCAAAGAUAAAGCCUUCGAUGUAAGAAUCGAAGAAUACAAUCAAUUAGGACAAGGCUUUUACACGGUAAACGAACCUGCUGGCUGGCAAGGUAGUGUAGAAUCAUGGUACUGUGUGCUCGAAGCGGAUAGUAGAAAGAUUAAAGAGGUGAAAAAAGUAUGGAUCCCUCAAUAUUACAAGAAUACGAAAUUGUGGUCCCUCUGGAAGCGGAACGAAAAGACCAUUCUGGAAUAUAUCAGGUCGAUAGGCGUGCCGAACCCGAGGAAAGCGUUACGCUUUUCAUAUAUCAAAGUGGCCCCUCAGAAGCUGCAAAUGGUCAUUCCAACUGAUACCAUAAACAACAACGAGUUAGAUAUAACCGCUCAGUGCUGGAAGACAGAGGGGGAGCUAUCUCAAUAUUCGAGCAAGACCGUGGAUUGGAAGAGUUGGAAAAUUGCUGGAAAUCCUGACACGAUACCGGUAGAUCUUUAUGCCCUGGAACCUGACAUAAUGGAUCUUGAUACAAUGAAUCCCGACACAGUGGAUCCCGACACAGUGGAUCCCGACACAGUGAAUCCCGACACAGUGGAUCCUGAAACGAGCCGUGUCUCUGAAGCUGAAGAAAAGGUGACGACGAGCUGGUAUCGGCGCUUAUGGGAUUAUUGGCAACUUGCAUAG